AUGAACACCAACAGCAAUCGCUGCAGUAGGACAACAGAUGAGGGCUAUUAUAAAAGCACAGGCCAGGUUCGUGAGGUCAAGGCUGAACUAUCCCAAGCUGUGAUUGGUAAUAAGAGGAUUUUGCCUUUCUUGGAAGGUCGUGCGCCCAAAGGCAAGAUAACCAAGUAUGUCAUGCAUGAGUUUUCUCUCCCCAAAACUAAACAGGCCCAACUGGGUCCUAAUCCCAAUCAGCAGAGGGAGUUUGUUCUAAACCACCUAACAACUAAGUCAGUGAAUUAUAAGAAGCGGAAGUAUGAUUCAAUCUGCGAUAAAGUAGCUGAACCUGGUAUCGCCUCCAAUUAUAAAGAUGAUCAAGCUGCUGCUGCUGCUAAUAUGAUUCUAGAGCCCAAAGAGCAUCUCGCAGACAAAGAUGUUCUGCUCGGCAGUGAGAAAUGUAAUGAAGGCGCCGAGUCAGAGUCUGUAAAUGGUUCUUGUCUUAUAGACAAUAAUGAUAUUUCGACCCUUGAUGUUGGUUUACUUGGUGGCUGCUUCUCGUCUGGUUCUGAUAAUCUAGCUGUCAAUGAUUCGUUUCAUGAGGUUUCCUUUCAGCCAGAACGAAAUCUGAUAUCACCCUUUCAUCCAUCUAGCCUACGGGAUAUUCCUCUGAUAUCACCAGUGCACACAGGACUGCUGGGAGAUGUUGUAAACAACAUGCACUAUACUUACAGUGACUCUGAUCUACUAGAGCCAUUGGGAGGAGUGUAUGAUAGCUAUAGUGGAGAGAACAUCGAUAGGGGCCUUGGAAACCACAAGAGGUCUUGGAAGGGUAGAACAUCACCCUUAUCUACUGGAGGAUUUGGAAACUUGUUGAUAGUUGUAGAUAUUUAUGUUGGACAGGACAAACGACACAGUGAACAUGAGAACCACCGGCAAGUGCUAAUGUUUGAGAUGCCAUCUGGAACUCUACUCUUCUCUGACGACAUCCAUUCAUGUCUUCACACGCGGGAGGUGCUCCGAGAAGAAUCCGACUGCAAAGCUGUAUCACAGGACAAGGUUAGUGAUGCUGCAGAGUAUUGUUUUGCUUUUCAUCUGAAAACCAAGUCCUGGAAGCAUACGGUUGGUCAGAGUGGAAGGGGCUCUGGUCGCUUAAGCAAGUGGUCUCGGGUUCGAGCCCUUGUGGAUGUAGAAAAUUUUCUUGGGAGAGGUCCCCGCAUAUGCGCCCGACAGUACCUCGGAGGAUUAGGCCUGGGCCAUGCCUGGGGUUGUUUGAAAGCCCAGAACUUGAAGUCACAAUAG